AUGCAGAGCUACAAAUCGAUCUCGUCCCAUGUUAGGGUAGUAUCACAGCAGUUUCGUACACGGAGCCACGGCCUACAAGCCACAAGCACUGCGAGAUCAUGUUCGAGUCCAUGGUUUUCCACCAGCCAUCUUUCCCAGAAACGUCACGCUCACGCUCGUGGCAUCGAGUAUCUCCAGAAUCACGACCCCGACUUGACAGACUCCCAACGUACCGUCCGGGAGGCCAUCUCCAAAGUCUGCUCUCAUUUCGAUGAUCAAUACUGGUCCACGUGUGAGAAGGACCACCGCUUUCCAGUCGAGUUUCAACAAGCCAUUGCAAAGGACGGUUGGCUAGGCAUCUGCAUGCCCUCCGAGUAUGGGGGCUCGGAUCUGGGUAUCGCAGAGGCCGCCACCAUGAUGCAGACCAUCGCAGAAUCAGGUGGUGCGUACGCUGCUUGCUCGUCAGUUCACAUGAACAUCUUUGGUCUCGAGCCUGUCCGCAAGUUUGGGACGAACGACCAACGACAGAGGAUGCUGACACCACUCAUUGCCGGCGACGAGCGAGCUUGCUUUGGUGUGACGGAGCCCAAUACAGGCCUGGAUACGCUCAAGCUACAGUCUCGUGCCGCCAAAUCAUCGGACGGGUCGUACUAUACACUCUCCGGGUCCAAGAUCUGGACUUCGACCGCCCAGGUUGCCGAGAAGAUACUGAUCCUGGUUCGCACUACACCCCUUGAUCAAGUCAAGAAGCGCUCACAGGGCUUGUCGCUCUUCUACACCGACCUCAACCGCGACUCUGUACAAGUUACAGAGAUCCCAAAGAUGGGUCGUGCCGCGGUGGACUCUAACGUGCUCUUCUUUGAAGACUGGAAAGUACCAGCCUCUGACUUAAUCGGUAGUGAGGGUGACGGCUUCAAGCAGAUCAUGGUCGGUAUGAAUGCUGAGCGUGUGCUAAUAGCUGCCGAAGCACUUGGCUGGGCUUCGCUGCCCUCCGGCGCGCUGCGAUCUAUGCCUCUGACCGACAAGUUUUCGGACGCGCAAUUGGCCAGAACCAAGCAAUUCAACAUCCGCUUGCGGAGAGCUGGAUGCAGCUGGAAGCAGCAAGACUGA